UUCAACAUCAAAAGCAAAUUUGAUGUUCGAGAGAGAAGAGGUCAGAUCUUCACACCUGCUGAGAACAUGAAGAUGAGUCGUGUGAUUUUGGUCCUGGGCUUCGUCCUGAUCAUGGGGCUCUACUCAGAUGCUCAGCCUGAAGCUUCUCAAAACCCCACAGAAUGCUGUUUUGAGUUUGUCACUGGCAAAAUUCCUCCCGAAAAGAUCCUGGAGGUUAAAAAGACAGACUCACGCUGUCCACAGCAAGGCUUCAUUGUUACUACUCCUGAGUUCCACAGACUGUGUGCUCAUAAAGUCGCCAUCAAAUGAAAAGCUUAAAGCAUCUUAAUGCUGCAACUGAGAUGCAACACACACACACACGCGCGCGCGCACGCACAAAGCCUAAUAAUCGACUCUUCACCCAUUUCUUCACUCUGUUCCACUUUUACCAACCAUUUAUUCUGAUGCUUUGGAUGUUACUGUUGCUUAAUCCAGUGCAGAUUCAAAUAAAUGUAUAACACACAA